AUGGAGCCGCCCAGCAAGAAAAGGCCUCGGCGGAAUGAUGGCCGAAUUAUACUACAAUUCGAUUACGAUUGUUUCUACGCCCAGGUCGUUGAAAACAAGAAACCAGAGCUAAAAAAGUUCCCUUUAGGCGUUAAACAGAAGAAUUGCCUGGCAACAUGCAACUACAACGCUCGUGCCCGUGGUCUCACAAAGCUCAUGUCCGUUUCCGAAGCCAAACGCAAGUGCCCAGACCUCGUCCUUGUAGACGGUGAAGAUCUCACACCCUUUCGUGACAUGAGCAAAACAUUAUUCAACUUUUUCAAAACUUUCUCUUGGAACAACAAGGCCGAGCGUCUAGGAUUCGAUGAGGUGUUCAUGGGCUCGUCGCCGUAUAGACGUAACCGACAUCAUCGAAUAUAA